AUGAUGGGAGGAAUCUCUAUUUGUGUUGCCACGGAUUGUGAUGGGGAGAAGGUGAACCUACGCUUUCUUUUCGAUGCAGCAGGGCCAUCUGUUUCACGCCUUUUGAACUAUUCAACGACGGCCUUUAACAACUACUUUCGUCUGAAAGGAAUCUCUCGUGCAUUUGCCGUCAAUUCCGCCGUUGUUUUCAAUGAUGUUCACUGUACUUGGGACAGGUUAGAACGCACCACACAGCUUCUGCACAACAGCCAAGUGUAUCUUUUUCAGCCCGACACGCUGGACAUUCCUGCUGCCAUACCUGAGCCGUAUGAAGGUGAGCCGCUUCUAUCAGCUGAUUGCUAUUUGCCACUUCGUGGUGCCACCAUAUCUACACCCAUUCCCGCCAUUAAACGCAUUGCCCCACAGCGCUUUGCUUCACCAAAGGGGGGCGAGAAAACGAGGUUUUCAUCACCGUUAAUGUUUCGUUGGGCAGGCGCAAAUAAAAGCCCUGUGGGGUUUCGGCGCACGAACAGUGUUAGUUUUGACGAUUGUGUGAAUGACAGAUCCCGUCACAACCGUUCCUGCAGUCACUCUUUCAGUAAAGAUAUUCAUUCUACGGGUAUAUCCGAUGACAGCUCGUACCUGCUUCAUCAGAACGGAGGGCGUGGAACCGACAAGCAUUACAGUUCCUUCUCCAGCGGUGGAAGUAUUCUUCGGGAAGAGCGCGAAAAGAUCGAGUUUCAGUUAAGCCUCCCCCUGGAUGAAAUGCGGCGCUGCGUAAGGGAGGAAACUCGCCGUUUGGACACGACUAUUAGUACCCCCAUUAAACGAAUAUGA